AUGAAUCUGUCUACAGAAGAAUUCUUAAAAAUUGAUUUUGGUAAUACGGUUUACAAGAAAUCAACUUCCGGUUUCAAUGGUGGCAAAUUCAAUACAAAGACAAGAAAUGUCGGCGAAAAACGUAAAUUACCACCGAUUUCUGACGAUUGCAGUAUGAAGAAAACUUCCUCCUCUAUGUCUGUAUUAAAUGGUGACAAAAACAAUGACGGGAUAAUGAUUUUGCCGUACGUUCCAGUUGUAUCAGCAGGCCAUUCGGGAUCGUCACUAACGUCAAAACAAUAUCAGUCAUCAUCAUGGGCGAUAACUCCAGUCCACCAAAGCCCUCAGUCACUUGUAACAAGACAGAAUAUCAUUUAUAAACCUGAUCACAAUUCAUUUAAAGUUCAUUUGACUACUGAAAACAGAAAUGGUUCUAGCUAUGAAAGAGAGGAAACGUUUGAAAAGGAGAUGGAUGGUCAAAAUAGUUACAGAGAAAUAAAAUUUCAGUUACCAUUCUCUGGCGGCUCAGCUUCUAUGUUUUCUUAUUUUUUGAAUGAAUAUAGUUCAUAG